CCUCCUCUGUUGGUUCUCCUUCCUACGAUUUUGUCUUGCGGUGUUGUUAUUUUCGCUUUUACUCCCAAGGGGAUUCUGUCUGUGUCUUUGGGAAUCCACAGAUGCGGGGGCUGGGAACAAGGAGGGCCAACGGUAGAACUCAGUGGGGUGUGUCCAGGCUGCAAUUAACCUAAUGAACCUGCCGGGCACAGCAGUCCACCUGGCGUGGACCGUCCCGAUUGGCUGCGUUGGGCUGACGGAAUGAAUUCGUAUUGGGGCGGGGCUGCCCAAGGCCCAAGGGGGUCAGGGCUUGAGUCCUGGGUGGGCCCGGGGCUGGCUAUAUAAGGCCGGGCUCUGGCAGCCCAGCUGCAUUCCGCCUCGGACGGCGCAGCGCAGAGGUCACUCCAGGCUGCGGCUCCACAUCCCGAGGGACAGAAGCGGGCCUGCUCAGCUGUCUGCAAGGACCGGCGUUCCAGACCAAGUGGCCCGCUGCUCCGAGGACCCAGCUCGCUCCAGGUUGUGGGGACUCCACGCCCCGAGGCCUGCGGUCCGCGAGGACCAGCGCCCCGGAACCAGUGGCCCACUGCUCCGAGGACCGAGCUCGCGCCAGGCUGUGACUCCACAUCCCGAGGUCGCUGCCUGGCGACCGGGCAGCGAGGACCGGCCACCCCAGACUUCGUGUCCCGCCGCCCCGAGGACAGAGCCGCGAACGCGAGGACAGCGACGCCUGCACAGCUCUGCUGAGAUGGCGGCAGGCUCCACUACGCUGCGCGCAGUGCAGAAGCUGCAGGUGCGUCUGGCCACGAAGACGAACCCAAAAAAGCUGGAGAAAUAUUUGCAGAAACUCUCCGCCCUGCCCAUGACGGCAGACAUCCUGGCGGAGACUGGAAUCAGAAAGACGGUGAAGCGCCUGCGGAAGCACCAGCACGUGGGCGACUUUGCCAGAGACUUAGCGGCCCGGUGGAAGAAGCUGGUGCUUGUGGACCGAAACACCGGGCCUGACCCACAGGACGCUGAGGACAGCGCUUCCCGACAGCGCCUCGGGGAGGCUCUCCAGGACCAGGAAAAGGCCUGGGGCUUCCCAGAAAACGCGACGGCCCCCAGGAGCCCAUCUCACAGCCCUCAGCACGGACGGACAGCACGCAGAACACCUCCGGGACAACAGAGACCUCACCCGAGGUCUCCCAGUCGCGAGCCCAGAGCCGAGAGAAAGCGCCCCAGAACGGCCCCAGCUGAUUCCGGCCCCCGUCGGGACCCUCCAACGCGCACCGCUCCCCUCCCGACGCCCGAGGGCCCUGAGCCCGCUGUGCCCGGGAAGCAACCCGGAAGAGGCCACGCUCACGCCGCUCAGGGCGGGCCUCUGCCGGGUCCGGGCUGCCAGGGCCAACCUCAGGGGGAAGCGGUGGCGAGCCACAGCAAGGGGCGCAAAUCGUCCCGCUGGGCUUCGGCUCACAAAUCGCCUCCUGUCCAGGAAAGCCAGUCAGAGAGGCUGCAGGCGGCCGGCGCUGAUUCCGCCGGGCCGAAAACGGUGCCCAGCCUUCUCUUCGCAGAGCUCUGGGACCCCUCAGCGGCCUGGAUGCAGGCCAACUACGAUCUGCUGUCCGCUUUUGAGGCCAUGACUUCCCAGGCAGAGCCAGAAGCACUCUCCGCGCCAACGUUCCAGGAGGAAGCCGCUUUCCCUGGACGCAGAGUGAAUGCUAGGCUGCAGGUGUACUCGGGCUCCAGGCCUGCCUGCCAGCUCCAGGUGCUGACGCUGCGCCAGCAGUGCCUCCCGGUGCUUAGAAACAAUCCGGACGCCCUCGGCGACGUGGGAGGGGUCGCCUACUCGGUUCUUGAACCCGUUCCGGAAGGGUGGACGCCUGAUCAGCUGUAUCGCACAGAGAAAGACAACCACGCACUCGCUCGAGAGACAGAUGAAUUAUGGAGGAUUCAUUGUCUCCAGGACUUCAAGGGAGAAAAGCCGCGGGAGCACGAGUCUUGGCGGGAGCUGUACCUGCGGCUUCGCGACGCCCGAGAGCAGCGGCUGCGAGUAGUGACCACGAAAAUCCGAUCUGCACUUGAAAACAAACCCAGCGGCCGACAGACAAAGAUGAUCUGUUUCAACUCUGUGGCCAAGACGCCUUAUGAUGCUUCCAGGAGGGAAGAGAAGUCUGCAGGAGCCGCUGACCCCGGAAACGGGGAGAUCAAGCCAGCCCCCCAGCCCGCAGGAAGCAGCCAGGCUGCCUCCGGCCUCGGGGACGGCGGCGGCGGCGGCGGCGGCGGCGGCAGCAGCAGCAGCAGCAGCAGCAGCAGCAACGUCCUUCACGGGCCCCCUGAGAAGCGGGCCAACCCCUGCCUGAGCAGCAGCAAUGAGCACGCGGCGCCCGCGGCCAAGACCCGGAAACAGGCUGCCAAGAAAGUGGCCCCGCUGAUGGCCAAGGCAGUUCGAGACUACAAGAGAAGAUUCUCCCGACGAUAAACUCAGGACUUGCCUUACACAUAAAAUCUGGGGGGAGGAGGACCAAUGCAAAGUCAACGCGGGUUGGGGAACGAAACUUCCAAUGGACACCAGGACCCUUGGCUGGGUGCAAAGUUGAGCCUCUGAAUUCUGCAGGUGUCAAGCGCUGGCCCUGUGAUUUUUGCCUCCCACACCCGGCCACUGCCUCCCUGCUUGGAGGACACCUCAGAAUUCAGAAGAUAUUAUGAACGCGUUCGGAUCAACUCUGCUUUGGUGGUUCACCGACCGUUUUUUAAACAACGCCCUAGUUGCCAUCAUAAAUCAGGUACGAGAUGUGAGAGUCCCUUUUGCCGUUUGUUCUCUCUUCUGAAAUCAUGGAGCACACAGGGACUUCUUAGACACAAACUCUCAAUCCAUCAGUUGACACUGAUAACUCCGACUACGCAAAAUGUCUUGUUACUGUUGUUGUUUUCUUUUAGAUAAAAGGCCGGGCAUGAUCCUCUAAUCGUGAGCCAUCCUCCUCCGGGAGGCCGAGGAAAGCAGAUCGCUUGAGCCCAGGAGGUGGGGACCAGGCUGGGCCAAACGGAGAAGCCCCGUCUCCACAAAAGAUACCAAAAUUAGCCCGGCGUGGUGGCACGGCCCCUGUGGUCCCAGCUCCUUAAAGGGCUGAGGUGGCAGGAUCGCCUGAGCUGGCCAAGCGGAGGUUGCGGUGACCCUUCCUCAUUCCACUGCACUCCAGCCUGGAUGACACAACCAGAGCACACCUCAAAGAAAACUGCUGUUUGUUUGAAGAAAGGAACUCUUGGCUUUCAUACAUAAAUGCUAACAACUGGUACGUUCCUUAAGUCAAAACACUUUUACUAGAGUCAUUCCCAAUCUUUUCACCCAGAACCCCUGUGAAAGAAUGGCGACACCUUAAUCAGCUUAUUUAGGUUCUCGAUCAGGAAGUCUAAACCUGCCAACCAGAGUUUCUAAUUCCCAUGAGAUGACCGGGUUAACUACCUUGACUUCACCUCCUACCAGCUCCUGCAAGCUUUGGUGAACGUUUGCCUUCUAACUCAGGGCAUUUGUUGGCUUCACGCGGGCUGGUAGUCACAGGUCCGUGUGCCAGAUACGACACACACACAUACACACAAACAAAGACACACACACAAACGCACACACACAAACACGCACGCGCGCACACCCCCCCCCCCAUUAAGUAAACCUCGUUCUUAGGCGUUACCGACAGUGAGGGGUAGAGAGAGAAAUACAAAGACAUAAGCCGCAAGGCAAAACCGAGCAAGGGCAGCAGAAGAGAUCAAAGUCCUGUACCCUGGGCUGUCAGCAGCAUGGGGGCUGGGAAGCUCCUGGAAGCAGGCACCUGAGUGGAUGCCGGUGCACGUCAAAGGAGGCCUUCAAGCCUGAAGAACACGGAAGGAGCCAGAAACGGGGUGCCACAGAGAUGCUACCCUUAAGGAAGACAGAAAAGCAUCCGUUCCGGGGAAGGGGACAUAAUCCAGUCAGCGACCGCGUAAAACUCAGACAUGUCCGGGCACGGUGACUCGCGCCUGUAUUCCCGUGGCUUUGGGAGGUCGAGGCCGGCGGACCACCUGAGGUCAGGAGUUGCAGACCAGCCUGACCAACCUGAGGAUAUCCCGUCUCUUCUAAAAAGACGAAACUCGGUUGGGCUUGCUGGCGAGCGCCUGUAAUCCCAGCUACUCAGGGGGCUGAGACAGGAGAAUCGCUUGAACCCGGGAGGCGGGGUUUGCGGUGAGCCCAGAUCCCACCACUGCGCUCCAGGCUGGACAACAGAAGCCAAA